ACGCCUUUUCCAUCGUUUUAAAGGCUCUGGAGCCUCAGCAGGACGCAGCUCCAGGUCACGGGCAGGCUCGUGUCCGGAGAGGUGGAGGUGUUUCUGCGGACCCUGGAGCUGCCUGAGCCCCGGAGGACUGGCUCGUUAUCCGGACUCCUGCAGAAGGACAGGUGUCUCUCUCACUCACUCACUCUCCACCAUCAUGACGGACACCAAGCGUCUCGCCUUCUCCAUCAUUCGGUUCCUCCAUGACCAGCUCCAGUCGGGGAAUCUGACCCCAGAUGCUCAGGAAAGCCUAGAAGUUGCUGCUCAGUGUUUGGAGACAGCGUUUGAAAUCUCCACCGAUGACCAGAGUCUCGCCGUCCCGCUGACGUUACCCGAGAUCUUCACCGCAGCCACAGCCAAGUUUCCAGCUCAACCGCAGGCCAACAACUCCAGCCCCAGUUUGCCCACAGAGGAGCAGAAAGCUGAAGCCGAGCGGCUGAAAAGUGACGGAAAUGACCAGAUGAAGGUGGAGAACUUUGCAGCAGCUGUGGAGUUUUACGCAAAGGCCAUCAGUAUGAAUCCUCAGAAUGCCGUCUACUACUGCAACAGAGCGGCAGCCUACAGUAAACUGGGGAACUACGCCGGCGCCGUGCGGGACUGUGAACAGGCCAUCAGCAUCGACCCGAACUACAGUAAAGCCUACGGCCGGAUGGGGUUGGCUCUGUCCAGCCUCAGCAAGCACACAGAAGCAGUCAGUUACUAUAAGAGAGCUCUGGAGCUGGACCCGGACAACGACACCUACAGAACCAACCUGAAGAUAGCUGAGGAGAAGAUGGAGACCCCCAGCCCAUCUGCAGGUUUGGGGGGCAUCGAUCUGGCCGGUCUGCUCAGUAACCCCGGCUUCAUGAACAUGGCAUCGAAUCUCAUGAGCAAUCCUCAAGUUCAGCAGCUGAUGUCAGGGAUGAUGUCUGGAGCGUACGGUGGGAUGGGAGCAGCAGCAGCUGCAGCAGGAGGUGGAGGUGGUGAUGUUGAAGGAGGUGCAACCCCCGGAGCUCAAGGAGCAUCAGAUAUAUCAGGACUGAUCCAGGCAGGUCAGCAGUUUGCUCAGCAGAUGCAGCAGCAGAACCCCGAACUCAUCGAACAGCUGAGGAGUCAGAUCCGCAACCGAACACCCAGUGCUGGGAACGAGGAGCAGCAGUGACACUCGUGUUCUGUUGGGGGACAGGAGGAAGACGAGGCGGCUUCUGGGCGUUCCCUUUCCGAUGCAGAUUGUGUCACAAAAACUUUAAGGAAGUUUCUUGUUUUUCUAUGAAUGAACAUUUCCGCCGUGGGAGCGUGAGGCCUCCCGCUCCAUCAGGCCGCAUGUCCUGUGGCUUUGUGUGGUUUUCAGAGCCGUGCUUCAGUUUCACACGUUCACAAACCAAGAUUAAACACCUGGAAGUUUAA